AUGCUUCGAAAGCACAAGGCCAAGGCCUUGCUGGCGUUGCUAAUUCACGUUUCUGCCCAAGUUCGGGCGGAUGAUCCAAGUGAAUUGAUGCAGAAUAAAACUUUGUACGGCGGUGACAUGGCCGGGGGUUUGAACGUUCCAGUAGAUGUCAAUGCCACCCUAGAUGAACCAGUCAUUACUUUCAUUCCAAACUCGGGCUGGCGUUUGUGGACGGAAGGGAUCAUGUACUACGAGUAUGACUCGACUGCAGGUCAGGUUCUGAUUUUCAUUUUGCUUGCGAAUCCUCUAUGCAAAAAAUGGGCCCCUUUUCCUACGAAAAUAGUCAGAAAUGAUGCUGUUCUCGCUGCUGCAAUCGACGAAAUCCACGCCAGGACUUGUCUCAGAGUUUACCCCAGGAACAACACUGCGAGCAUCAUAAGUUACAUCGUCAUAAAGACGGACAACACCGGAUGCUGGUCCUAUGUUGGCAUGAACACAACUGGACCUCAAGAUUUGAACCUUCAGACAAACGGUUGUUGGUACAAAGGAACAGUCAUUCAUGAGUUGCUGCAUGCUUUUGGCUUCCAACACGAGCACCAGCGUUACGACAGAGACACUUACAUUACUGUCAACAUGACUAAUGUCAAUCCAGAUUACACGAGUGCUUUCACUCUGAUCCCUCAGAAUCAGACAAAAGAUGUGGGCAUUCCUUACGAUGUGGAUUCAAUCAUGCACUACGGUGCCUUUGCAUUCGGACUCAAAGACAACACAACCAACAAGAAACUUCAAACAAUCAUUAUUAAAAGCGGCCACAGCAUCAUGAAGAUUCUGGAAAAUCUCAUCAAGACCUUAUUGGCGUUGUUCAUUCACGUUUCGACUCAAGUUCGAUCUGAUGAUUCCCUAAAUAAGUUGAUGCAAAAUGAAACUUUGUUUGGGGGUGACAUGGCCGGAGGAAUGGGUAUUUCCGAAGUCGAAGACAACAAAGAUGGACAGGUCAUGGCUUUCAUACCGAACCCGGUCUGGCGUUUGUGGACGGAAGGGAUCAUGUACUACGAGUAUCACUCGACUGCAGUGAGAAAUGAUGCUGUUCUUUCUGCUGCAAUCGACGAAAUCCACGCGAGAACAUGCCUGAGAAUUUACCCCAGGAACAAUAAUGCGAACAUCAAAAGCUACGUCGUCAUCAAGACGGACGCCACCGGGUGCUGGUCCUACGUUGGCAUGAACACACGCGGAUCUCAGGACUUGAACCUUCAGACAGACGGUUGUUGGUACAAAGGAACAGUCAUUCAUGAGUUGCUGCAUGCUUUCGGCUUCCAACACGAGCACCAGCGUUACGACAGAGAUGAUUACAUCACUAUCAACACUGCAAAUGUCAAUCCCGAUUACACAAGGGCUUUCACUGUGAUCCCACUAAAUGAAUCCACGAAUGUGGGCAGCAGCUACGAUCUGGAUUCAAUCAUGCACUACGGGGCCUUCGCAUUCGGACUCAGAGACAACACAACCAACAAAUACCUUCAAACAAUCAUCGUCAAGAGCAAUACAACCAAAUUGCUUCUAGAACCCUAUGCCCGGCCCAACAUGUCCGCGGGGAACUUCGUUCUUUAUAGAAACCAGAUGGUCUGA